AUGGGAAUUGACAUUAACCAUAAAUACGACCGUAAGGUUAGGAGAACAGAGCCCAAGAGCCAAGAUGUAUAUUUACGACUUUUGGUUAAACUUUACCGUUAUUUAGCUCGUCGUACGGGAGCCAAAUUCAAUAAAAUCAUUCUGAAAAGAUUGUUUAUGAGCAGCAUUUACAGACCACCGAUGUCCCUGUCUCGAGUAGUCCGUUUGAUGAAGAAGCCCGGUCGCGAUGGUCUCACCGCAGUCAUUGUAGGAACCGUAACUGACGACUCUAGAAUUUUUGAAAUUCCCAAACUUUCUGUAUGUGCCCUUCGUGUAACGCAGACUGCUAGAGCUAGAAUUUUGAAAGCAGGUGGUGAAGUAAUCACUUUUGACCAGUUGGCGCUCAAGGCCCCCACCGGCUCUAAGACGGUCCUUUUGCAAGGACGACGCAAUGCCCGCGAGGCCGUGAAACACUUUGGACCUGCUCCUGGUGUUCCACACAGUCACACUAAACCGCUGGUACGUUCCAAGGGACGUAAAUACGAAAGAGCACGAGGUAGAAGGCGUUCAUGCGGUUACAAAAAAUAGACUUAAGUUGAUCUUUUUUGUUACAACUGUAUUCCUGUUUAAUUUUGAUUAAUAAAUAUGAAUACCAGUAUAAUUGGAAUUUAUGUUGUAUUAUUAUAAGAGAUAAUAUGUACAAUAAAAUUUUGACUAAAAAAAUAUGACUUAAUGUAGUG